CUUUAAGCAUUAGAUACGACGAGACCGCUACUCCUUUUUCGUUAUUCUAUCAUCUCUUUGCGUUUCUCUGAAACGCAAUUUGUGAAACCCUAACCCUAAAACGCGCACACACAGCUCCCUCUUUUCGAUCUCUCUACUCACUCACUCACUCUUCAAGUCAUGGCAGGACUCGCUCCAGAAGGCUCACAAUUCGAUGCUCGUCAUUAUGAUUCCAAAAUGUCUGAAAUACUUCAAGCUGAAGGAGGACAAGAUUUCUUUACUUCAUACGAUGAGGUUUUUGAGAGCUUUGACUCAAUGGGCCUCCAAGAGAAUCUUUUGAGGGGGAUAUAUGCAUAUGGUUUUGAGAAGCCCUCAGCUAUUCAACAAAGGGGUAUUGUCCCAUUUACCAAGGGUCUUGAUGUCAUCCAGCAGGCACAAUCUGGAACUGGAAAGACUGCUACUUUCUGCUCUGGAAUUCUACAGCAGCUUGAUUAUACCAUGGUUGAAUGCCAGGCUUUGGUUUUGGCACCAACUAGGGAGCUUGCACAACAGAUCGAAAAGGUCAUGCGUGCUCUAGGUGAUUAUCUUGGUGUGAAAGUUCAUGCUUGUGUUGGUGGAACCAGUGUCCGUGAGGAUCAGCGUAUUCUUUCCAGUGGAGUUCAUGUUGUCGUCGGAACUCCUGGACGUGUGUUUGACAUGUUGCGAAGACAAGCACUUCGUGCUGAUUGCAUUAAGAUGUUUGUUCUGGAUGAAGCUGAUGAGAUGCUUUCACGUGGUUUCAAGGACCAGAUCUAUGACAUUUUCCAGCUCCUUCCUUCUAAAGUCCAGGUUGGAGUGUUCUCUGCCACCAUGCCACCUGAGGCCCUUGAGAUAACCAGAAAGUUCAUGGACAAACCUGUUAGGAUUCUGGUUAAGCGUGAUGAACUCACCCUUGAGGGUAUUAAGCAGUUUUAUGUUAAUGUUGAGAAAGAAGAAUGGAAGCUUGAGACACUCUGUGAUCUCUAUGAAACUCUGGCCAUCACCCAGAGUGUUAUCUUCGUUAACACCCGACGUAAGGUUGACUGGCUUACUGACAAGAUGAGGAGCCGUGACCAUACCGUCUCUGCAACCCAUGGAGACAUGGACCAAAAUACCAGAGAUAUUAUCAUGCGUGAAUUCCGAUCUGGGUCCUCACGUGUCCUCAUCACUACUGAUCUUCUUGCUCGUGGUAUUGAUGUUCAGCAAGUUUCAUUGGUCAUCAACUAUGAUCUUCCUACUCAACCAGAAAAUUACCUUCAUCGUAUUGGACGUAGUGGUCGAUUUGGAAGGAAGGGUGUUGCUAUUAACUUUGUGACUAAAGAUGAUGAGAGGAUGCUUUUUGAUAUCCAGAAGUUCUAUAACGUGGUCAUUGAGGAACUUCCAUCGAACGUCGCAGAUCUCCUGUAAUUGAAUUGAUGAUGAUGAAGACGUGUUUAGUUCCUUGGCUUUUAUUGACAAUGAUGGUGGUGAAGGGAACUUUUAUCUAUUUGGUAAGAAGUGGUAUUUAAUGUUUUUUUCUUUAUAGGUUAUCUACUUUUUUUGUCCGUAAUCUAGGAUAUAUGGUCGAACUUGCCUGACUAUCUCGUGAUUUGGGUACUGCACAUUUGCUCAAUGGAAACCGGGCAUGGCCCCGAUAUUUUGGUGUGGGUGUGUUGGGCAUCCAUUUUUGCAAAUUUUGUUGCAGGUAGGGUUUUGUAAUCUUAAGUGUCUGGUAAAAACUACCCAAAUGAAGGUAGUUUUGGAUUUGGGUUUCACUCUGUUUGUUUGGGGUUAUUUGUGUCUUUUUUUUUGUCUCUUUUUAUGAUUAAGAGAGAAUACUAUGUAGAAUGAAAACCAUGAUUUGUUAAUUUAUGUCAGAUCCCUCUGACUAUUACCUA